AUGAAGCUGCUUUCCCAAACACUCCUCUCCUUUAUUUCUACCUCAUGCCUCAUCCACCCUACCACCGCACGCACAAACGGUCAAGCCGCCUUCAGCCCCAUAGGUACAGGCUGCUGUCCACCGGGUCCCGAAUUCCCCAGAGCAACCUCCCAUCCCAAUGCCACUGGCACAUUUCCCAUCGUAGGCCUGCACCUUGACGACAGCGCCGUCAUCGCCAAAAUUACCAAUAACACCAACACUGCUUCCCUAUUACUACCGGCACCCAAGAACUGGACUUGGUCAACCAGCAUCAUGGAAGUCCAGCUGGGAAACAGUGGCGCCAACCUCUCCGCCACCAAUCAGAUCUUCACGCUUGAUAUACCUAUAGACGAGGAUAUCUAUAACAAGAAACAUCAGCGGAAUGUCUGCGUAUUGUUAUUAGAGAUGAUUACCGUGAAUCAGAAUGAUCCCGGGCGGUGUGAGAAUAUUUUUACCAGACGGAAGAUUGAGGGGAUGAAAGCGGAAUUUGUGAGGAGGGUUGAGGAAAUGAAGGAGUUUGAUGAGGAUUUUUCACCGUGUGCCGGGAUGGGGGGUACGUCGUGGCAGGAAAUAAUAAACAGCUACCACCGCGAAAACUCCACCCUCGCAGCUCGCAACACCACCGUAGCCGCCCAGUACCACUCCUCCACCUCCUCACAUCCUUCUGCCGAUACAUCAGCCUACGACACCGCUCUCGUCCGCACCCAACCCAUCUUUUUGCUGGGAUAUUCUGUUGACCCGACGGUUCUGGCAGGGCCUGCCAUUGUUAAGAGAGAGUUGGUGGAGACGAGGCUCUCUUGUGUGAGGGUUAGGGAGGUGGCGAAGGGAAGUCGGGGGCAGAUGAUCGGUGUUGGGAGUUCUGUUAGAGGUCUGCUGAUGACGGUGAUGGGAAAGGGCGUAGUCGGGGCGUGGUUUGGGGUAUGGGUGGGGUUGUUGGUUUUCUGA